AUGAUGACGUUACCACCGGAAGAGGAGAUGACGUCGCCUCCAUCAUCUCCAACUAAUUCCAUGGCUUUAAUCGUAAAAGAUGACGAUGAACCAGUCACUUUAAAUGCCCGUGACUCUGAUCUGGAACUGCAUUUAUUGCAGACGUUUGUAGCUGCUACAAGUCAACAGCUCGUACAAUCGUAUCGCAGUCUCAAGCACGUGUCUCGAGUGACGCACUUGAUAGCAACCAUGACAGAGAGUUUAAUGUCCCGUUCAGGGCUUGUAGCACUUGUGCAACUUCUUUUUCAUCAGUAUAUGAGACUUGGUCAUCCGUUGGUCCAACAGGUGGACGAAGCCAUGGGCAAACGCGUCAUUGAUGCAGUUGUAAGUAUCUUGAUGCUAUCAGAGCAGCAACCAGUCCACCAAAGUGGUAUUCUAGCCUUAGAAGUUGAUCCAGAUAACAACAACAAGAAGAAGAAGAAGGAUACGCAAGUGCACGAGGAACUGUCAGCGGUCACCAAAUUGUCGUACGAGGAACGAUUUCAGGCUCUGUUGCUGGGUCAAGUGCCACGGAUGGAGCAGGUACUGGUCCAAGCACGUCUUGAAGCACUGGAGGAAGCAGCUAGACAAGACCCACAACCUGUUGUCAUGGAGCUCAAGGAUUUUGUACCUGUGGAUGAAGUGACUCGACUCAAGGAGGAGAGCAAGGAACAGCUACAUGAAGCAGCAAUGGAAGCAGCUCGCUUACGCUCACAGAUGAUGGAGCUCACAGAGGAGAAACAGAAACUCGAGCAACGAUUGACGGACGUGUUCAAUUACCAGGAAAGUGAGCGGGGUCAACGUUUUCAGAAGAUGGAAGAGGACUUGGCACGCACGAAACUCGAGGCUAGUCAGAAAGCCUAUGACUUUGCUAAGCUCGAAUUGUUCGUCAAUGAACUAAAGCGGAAAAAACACAAGAAGAGAAGCAAGAGCCACAAAGGUGGCGACAAUGAGUCCAACACAUCGGAGAGUGCACCACCAUCUUCCGUAGCCGAAAAAAGGUCUGACAAGGGACACGAAGGAAAGCGUAGCAGACGGAGCAGCAAUGCCGCAGCCUAA